CUCGGACUCAUCAAUUUCUUCUUUCUGGCAUCAUCAUCAUGGAGAUGUGUUGGUUUGGUCUGGUUUUCCUGUUGGUGUUGUGUACCACGCUGCCAGCUGAAGCCCAGCCCCCUAACGUGAUGGCUCGUUACCAAAGAUUUGUGAAUCGGCACGUUUUCCAAGGCAUGACCAAGGCAAACUGUACCAGAGAAAUAUACAAGAGAGCAAUCACUGAUGGGAACACCAACAAGUGCAAAAAAGUGAACAGCUUCAUACUGUCUACAACAGACCAGGUCCGGGCCGUGUGUGGGAAAGACAUUGGCGUUUACACAAGCACCCAGCUCUUUCCUGUGAUCACUUGCAAACUACAUGGUGGACUAACACAGCCGGACUGUGACUACGGCAACAAAGCUCGUAACAACACUCGAUAUAUUACAAUAGGAUGUGAGCAGGGUUGGCCUGUGCUUUACAAGGAAAACCUGAGUGUUAUAGGAUGAAACUUCAAAUGAUCAGAUGGUCAGAUAUCCAAUUAAAUCUGUACCUGUUUGAUCAGAUUUUUAUAAUAAUCUUGCAGAUUUUUUUCUAUUUCUUUUAAUUACACA